GAUCAUCGUUUGAUCUAGAAUAAGUUUUUGUCAAUAGGGAUAUUGUGAUAUUAAGUUUUGCUUAUUGCUUGACACAGUUCAAGUGCGUACAGUUCGCUCGAGUAACGCACGAGUAUGAGUAACGUAAACGUAAACGACGGUUACCGAAACCGAAAGUUUCUCUAAUUUUAUGCGUUUAUGUGUCCGAACUGGUACGAGCUAUACGUAUUUGAAUUAUUUAAACGGAAUGUAAAGUGCUUAGGGAACACACAGUCCUAUUGACUGUGACCAGAUGACUGACAAAGACAAGGAAUAAGUAUGCGCAUAAUUGUACAUACAUUCUAGUUCGUAUCAAAGCGAAUUCAACGCCUGCAAUAACAUGGAAUGAAAACGCAUUUACUCGUCGGUAAAUAAUUGAUUACCAGUUUCAGCGUUUUGCCACAGAUUUGAUAACGCCACUAUGGCGCUGGCAGCAUUCAAAUUCUUGGGAAGUACAUUACAUAUAUAUGUUGCAUAUGGAUAAGUUGUGUACGUGGGGUCAUGGGUUACACAUAUACGAGAUGAGAAGACAUACGUGACUACACAUCUGCAUUUAAACGUUGAAACGUACAUAAAAUCCGCGAUACGUAGCCAUAAUGCCUUUAUUUUCUAACAAGUUCUCUCCAAAACAGACGCCUACUAGAAAAGCUGGCGUCUUUUUAGUAAAUAAGGAUUUAAGUCCUCAACGAAUUGAAAAGGAACUUGGACCGAAUGUGGGUCCUAUACGUUUAAAGUUAGGAGAUCAAGAAGCUAUUUUUCAAUCUGGUUUAUGGAUUCCAGAAUCUGGCAAGAUUGGAGGAACUUUCAAAGAAAAUGAAAAGCUUAAGAAUGAAAUAAGACGAUUAGAGGAAGAAAAUAAUUUACUGAAGUUAAAAUUUGAAGUGCUUCUCGACAUGUUGACACAGACAAUGGCAGAAUUUAACCUGCAAAGAAAUGAAUUGGAUAGAUUGAAAAGAAAUUAACUGCAUCAGAAAGGUAUUUUUAUUCUCUAUUGUACACUUUACAAUGUGUAAGACAAGGACAGCGAUAGACUCGUCCGGUGGCGCCAUCCACGGCGAAACGCUCAAACUGUUAGCCAAGUUACAUAUUUGACUACCAGUAUCCUGCCUAACGCUUUUACACGUCGGUAUUUAAAUACCAGUUUCGAAAUUUUUACUUUUUAACAUAAUAAAUUGCUCGAAAUUACGAAAUUA